AGAGAAUAUUCACAUAAUCACAUAGAUCCGUCGCGGACUAUCGCCGGAGCCAUAUCUUCCGUCCUUCUCCGGCAAUUCUUUCUUCGGAUCAAUUUCUAGACAGCCGAUCUCGCCGUGAAAAUGACAACUUCAAGGAGGCUUGCCGACAGGAAGGUAGAGAAGUUUGAGAAGAAUAUCAAUAAACGUGGAGCGGUUACCGAUUCGAGCGCGAAGAAGGGAAACAACUUAGCUGUUGGCCCAGUCUUGAUUGGGUUUUUCAUUUUUGUCGUCAUUGGAUCAUCCCUAUUCCAGAUAAUCAGGACGGCAACAAGUGGAGGCGUGGCUUAACUUAACUCGUAUGGAGUGGCGUUACAUUUCAAAAUGU